UUUUAUCUAUUUAUUUUAUACUUCACUUUUGGGUGUGUCAAAAUUUCAUGUGAAAACAAUAUGUGUUGCUGGAGAAAUUUCACGGCCCAUGGGUCCCAAAGUAAAUUCCAUUUGCUGUUAAAUGGAAAAAGACAAUCAGGUAGGUUCUGAAAUCCGAGUGAAAGUGAAUUUGGAAAUGAAUCCAAAUCCGAGUGAAUUUAAUUUUGGUGUUCUGGAAAACGAAAUAUUUGUUCAUUUUCGCACUCGGAUUGCAUUCACCCUAAUAAUGAACUUUACAUCUGACAUCUGCCAAUUUGACACAAUCUAACAAACUUUUAGCAAGCAAAGUUGUCAAUUAAACACAAAUAAAUAACAAAGAUUUAAAUGAAAAACGAAAAAUGAGUGCUUUAAUUGCGUUUGCUACCAUAUUUAUGGAAACUGAGGAGCAUGCAGAAGAAGCCCUUAAUAGAAGAAUACUGCGGAAUCAUUCCAAUCCAUUAGAGGUUCCUGAAUCGGUGUAAUUUCGUGUCCAACUACAGAGUCAACAAAGAUGCCUUUAUUAUGCUGUUGAACGUUGUUGACCCUCACAUAAAAGGCACAUCCAUUCCAACGCAACUGCAACUGGCAGCUACUUUGAGAUUCUUAGCUGAAGGCGGUUUUCAGAAAGCAGUGGGAAAAGAUAGCUACAUUGCAAUGGGGCGAAGUACGGUGGCUAAAGUAACAAAACGACUGCUCAAAAUUUUAGAAAGGUAUUUCUGUCCACAUUGGAUUAAAUUAAAUAUGACGGAAAAUGAGCUGGCUUAAUCGAAACAACAUUUCCAGCAAAAAUUUGUCAUUCCGGACGUUAUUGGAUGUAUAGACGGAACGCAUAUACAAAUAACAAAGCCACAUAAAGAUCACAGUCUUUUUUAUAACCGAAAAGGUUAUUUUAGUAUCAAUGCAAUGAUCAUUUGUGACUACAAUAUGGUUAUCAAAGCAGUUGACGCUCGUCGCCCCGGAUCAAGCCAUGACGCUUUAAUUUGGAGUGUUAGUAGAGCUCAGGACUAUUUCCAGCGGCGAUACGAAAACGGAGAUCGCGGGUCUUGGCUCUUGGGUGAUGCUGGUUAUGCUCUUCAACCAUAUUUGCUAACACCAUACCGAGACCCACAUGUUGGCACAGUACAUCAUACUUUUAAUCAAAAACAUUCUUCGGCACGCAACGUUGUUGAGAGAACGAUAGGGGUCUUAAAAAGCCGGUUUAGAUGCUUAGCCCGCUGUCUUCAAUACCAACCACAAAAGGUGGUACAAAUAACAAAUGUUUGCUGCGCUUUGCAUAAUGUUUGCAAACACUACAAAGUGCAAGAGUUAAUUGAGUUUGACAUUGAAGACGAUUGAAAUGAAUCUGCUGUUGCUGAAGAAAUAUUAACCGCGUCUACACUUGAUGAGGCGAUAAUGAUACGAGAGAAUAUAGCCACCCACCUUCAUACAAAUACCUGAAAAUUUAAUUCAUCUCCUUAAA